AUGGUUGCUGAUAUUCACAAGUGUAUAUUGAGAUGGUUCGUAGGCCUGGGACCUACUGUCACACAAAUUGAUGUUUCAAAAGUGCAUUUACAGGGUGAUCACAGGUUGAGUGUUUUAUUUGGCCUGUUUGUAGAAUUGAAGCCUCCUUCCCUCAGUGGACCACGUAUCCCACUAGGCAGACUUUCCUCCCUUCAGCUAAGCACACGAUCCACAGUGUGGAUCUUGCUCAGUGUGCCUGACUCUGCCCUGGCCACCGCCUUCCCAUCAGUUCAGGGUCUCAGCUCUGGUUCCCUCUUGGUGUGA